UGGUUUGACAAGUCAGAUUAACUCCCAUGAUGCUCUUGGUUCAGGUCAGCUUAGUUUGUUGCUUUCCUGUCGGGGUUGGAUCCUGUCUGGUUUGACUCCUCCCACCCUCCUGUAGCUCCGCCCCGGUAUGAAAUGAAUUUAAAUCAUUUUGUUUCCUUUAUUGGAGAAAAUAAAAUCGGCCUUUUUCCGGUUUUCCUCAGACUGACUCUGGGUGUAAAAAUAGGAGAAAAUGUCUAAAUUCAGCUUAAAUGUAAAGAUCAUUUCCGAUAGCGGGAAAAAUCUAACUUUUUUUUUUUUUUUUAGAUUCAUAUUUUCAAAAGCAGGCGCGGAUUCUAUUACCAUGUAGUUACUGCUGGUCGCCGCCAGGUGUCAUGAAACCUCCGUCUCAAUACUCCCCGUGCGGCGUGUCCCUCCGCGGAUCCCGUAGGAGAGCAGAAACAUGGCGUCUGACGGCGGCGGCGAGGAGGACUUCGUGACUUACGGGACUCCUCUGGAGCCUCUGGAGGAAGACGAGCCGCUGAGGAAGCCCGUCCCGCUGCACGAGCAGACGGUCAAAGAUGAGAAGGGGCGGUACCAGAGGUUCCACGGCGCCUUCACCGGCGGCUUCUCAGCCGGCUACUUCAACACCGUCGGCUCCAAAGAAGGCUGGACGCCGUCGACCUUUGUGUCGUCACGGCAACAGAAAGCAGAUCAGCAUCUCGCCAGGCCGGAGGACUUCAUGGAUGAGGAGGACUUCAGCGAGCACGGGAUCGCCCCCCGCCAGAUCACCACCAGCCGCGAGUUCUCGUCGGGACACAGAGACGAGGUGGCGGACAAGGCGAGAGCGGUCGGCGCUCAGGCUGCCCUGAUCCCCGGGGAUCUGCUACUGGAGGAGCUCAUUACACCUGCCAGGUCGUCCAUCGGCGUGGAGCUCCUGAGGAGGAUGGGUUGGCGGGAAGGUCAGGGGGUCGGUCCGCGUGUGAAGAGGAAAGCACGGAGGCCGCAGACGGACGACAGAGCCAGAGUGUACGGCUGUGCUCCGCCCCCUGCUGGUUCGGAGGAGGAUGAAGACGAGGAGGAGUUCGCUCCAGAAAACGUGACGUACGCGCCGAAAGACGUGACGCCGAUGGACUUCACCCCGAAGUCUGGGCUCCAGGGUCUGGGGUACCGGGGUCUGGACCCGGGCUUGGCGCUGCAGGGCAGCGGUGCCGCCCAGCACAUCGAACUGUUCGAUCCCCAGGGCGGCGCCCGCAGUCGUCUGUUCGGAGACUCCCAGGGCCGCUUGAGAAGAGGGGGCGUCGCCGGACAGGCCUUCGGCGUGGGCGCUCUGGAGGACGACGACGAGGACAUUUACCACAGAGACUCCAUGUCCAGAUACGACACCGUUCUGGAGGGGGAGGAGCCUGGAGACGGCCUGUACGGCUGGACGGCGCCGCAGCAGUACACCAACAAGACAGGCCGGAGCAGAGACGCGGCGUACCUCGGGAAGAUCCUGGAAGGCUUCACGCUGGCCCAAAGCCCGCUGGAGGACAAGGAGGUGUUCCCGCCCCCCGCUCUGCCUCGGGGUUACCGCCCCGUUCAUCACUUCCGGCCUAAAGUGGACGUCCUGAGGCUGUCCGGCGUCAGCCCGGCGCUGGCGGAGGCACUGAAGACCUCCAAGGGUCACAUGGUGAAGGAGGAGCCACAGCAGGGGGGGCGCCACCAGCUGGACUCCGGUCAGAGGGGGGCGCUGCUGGGAGAGGACAGCCUUCAAGGUCCCAGGUCGGUCAUGGAUCUGCUAAAGCCUGGGGACCGGGACCGUCUGCUCCGCCUCCGCAGCUCACAGUCUGCCUCCAGCUCCGCCCCCUCAACCCAGGCUCCUCCCACCACGGACCCAGUUCCCUCCGUUUUAACUCCCUCGUUGUGUAGCCCCACCCCUCCUCUUCGGACGCCGUCCUCCAUGCAGCAGGAGGCGCAGGCGGCCUGGAGGGGCGCUGGCCCCCCCUCCCAGACCUUCAGGCCAUUCGAGAAAACGCCGAGCAAGCAGGCGCGCUACGACCUGUACCUGAGCCGGCUCCGGCAGGGGGACAGAGACGCUCUGGAGCAGAGUCUGGACCCCGCCAUGACGGAGUGGGAGCGCAGCCGGGAGCGGGACGAGUUCGUGCGGGCCUCCAUCCUGUACCGGCCCGCCUCCACCUCGCUGUCCUCACGCUUCACCCGCGCCGAGCACCAGGAUGACGAGGACACCGUGGAGGUCGCCCGCGACCAGGAGAGCGACGUGGACGACAAGCAGGCCGCCGUCAAGAUGAAGAUGUUCGGAAAAAUGACCAGAGAGACGUUCGAGUGGCAUCCCGACAAGCUGCUGUGCAAGAGGUUCAACGUCCCCGACCCCUACCCCGGGUCCGGUCUGGUCGGUCUGCCGAAGGUGAAGAGAGACAAGUUCUCUGUCUUCAACUUCCUGACGGUGACUGAGAGCCGAGAGCCCACAGCGUCUCCAAAGCCUCCAGAUUCAGGGAAGAAGUCCAGGUGGGACGUUUCUGAGUCGAAGGAGGAGAAGAAGAAGGAGGAUCUGAGCGAUCCGCUGGGCACUGCUAAGAACCACGCAGAGACGGAACCAGAACCAGAACCACCCGCUGCCACGAGCAGCAGAUCUGAGACACGAACGGAGGAUCAAGAGGGGCCAGAGAGGGGCGAGGAGGAGGAGCAGGAGGAGGAGCAGGAGGAGAGCCGGCCUCCCAUGGAUCUGUUCAAAGCCAUUUUUGCCAGUUCUUCUGAGGAGAAGUCCUCUUCCUCUGAGGCUGAGAGCAGCGAUGAAGAGGAGACGGAGGACCAGCGGGAUGGAGAGGCGGGGCCAGAAACGGAACCUCAGAACCUGUUCUCCAUCAGCACCGGCGCCUCCUCCUCAGCCCCCCCACCAGCCUGCCAGCCUUCAGGUUCAUCCCAGACCAAGGAGGAGGAAGAGGAGGUGUUCGGGCCGAAGCUGCCGCCUCCUUCCGCCGCCGUCUACACAGGAGGCGCUGCAGCCCCCAGCCAGGAGGACAAACGUCGCAGGAGGAGGAGCAAAGAGAAGAAGCCGAAGAAGAGCAAACACAAAAAGGAGAAGAAGAAAAAGAAACAGAAGAAGAAGAAAGGGAAGCAGAAGAAGAGCAGGAAGGAGUCGGAGAGAGAGAGCAGCUCUGAGGACAGCGACCUGGACCUGGACCCGGACCUGGACCCAGACCUGCUGCUCAAAAGACUGAAGAGCAUCAGGUCCCAGCAGAACCGGUGAUCCAGCAGAACCAGGGAUCCAGCAGAACCAGGGAUCCAGCAGAACCACGUCCUCUGUGAGGACCCACACCGUCUCAGAACCCUCGGAUCAAAUCUUCUGCAUCACUCUCUUCUGUUUUCCGGAGCUGUCAAUCAUCUGCUGACCGAGAAGAAAAAACCUGAAAAUGUUUUUAAUCGUCUGAAUUUAAACCAAAUGUUUCCAAACGUGUUUCAAGCAUUAAAGUUCAGCCGAUUGAAGGUCUCAAAUGUUCUGAGGACCCGA